GACCGUGGGCUCUUCCCGCUUUCCCUAUUCCCGCCUCCUGGCUCUGCUUAAUCGCCGUUUAAAAGUCAGGUGGGAGGCCCGGAGGACGAGAGGGGGCACUUAUGGGUCUGAAGAAGGCAGAUGUACAGAAUCGUGACGGUCUCGGGCCUGCGGCGGAGACCACCGCCUCCACAGAGACCCAGCUGGGAUCCUGUUGUCCUGGUUCAACUUCUCGUUUUUGUACUGUUGUAAGGCAGUUCUCUGUGCUGUAGUCAAAAGGCCAUGUAGACUACCUGCCCUUUGAAGACCACUUUUAAAGGGUCUCAUAAGACAGCUGAACAACAACAAAGCCAUAGCAAACAAGACACCACUGAUACAGCAGUGUUUAACGAUCACAGCCGAGUGUGUUGGGACAGAGGGAAGAUGGAAGUAUUCCAGGAGCUGCGUCAGCCUCCCACACGUCUGGAGUGUGAGCACUGCACUUUCAGAGGCACAGAUUAUGAAAAUGUGCAGAUCCACGUAGGCACCGUCCAUCCGGAACUCUGUGAUGACAUGGAUGCUGGGGGGUUAGGGAAAAUGAUAUUUUACCAGAAAAGCGCAAAGCUUUUUCACUGCCAUAAAUGCUUUUUUACCAGCAAGAUGUACUCCAACGUGUACUAUCAUAUCACAUCCAAACAUGCAGCCCCAGAGAAGUGGAACGAUAGACCAAAAAACCAGUUGAGCAAAGAAAUUGAGCCUGUGAACAGCCCUUCUGUUCCUGAACAUCAGAAAACACCCUGUAACUCAGCAGAUCUGAAGUCUGCACCUCUUCUUUCUGCAGAAACUCAAAAACUUGGUCCAGUUCUUUCUCCAGAGUCUCCAACACCUGCUCUUUUUACUCCCAUGGAACUUGAGAAAACUGGCCCUGUUGUUUCUCCUGAGCCCCAGGCACCUCUUCCUCUUGAGCCUUUGAAAUCUGCUCCUGUUUCUUCUCCUGAACUUUCAAAACCAGCCCCUUUUGCUUCUGAAUCACAGAAGCCUGUUCCUUCUCCAGAGCCACAGAAACCUGCCCCUGUAUCUCCUGAACCAGUGAAAGCUGGUCUUCCUAACCCCAAGCCUCAGAAGCACUCUCAUUUCACAGAGACAGGAGGGGCUCCUUCGGCCUCAUCUCCAGAGUCACCGGUUCUGUCUCCUUCCCCUGACCCUUGGGGGCCAUCCCCAACUGCAUCUCCAGAAUCUCGGAAGCCAGCCCAGACUGCCUCCCCUGAGCCAAGGAAGCUGUCCCCAUCAGAAUCGCCUGAACCUUGGAAGCCAUUCCCUGCUGUCUCCCCAGAGCCCCGGAGACCAGCCCCAGCUGUGUCGCCAGGUUCCUGGAAGCCAGGCCCACCUGGAUCCCCAAGGCCUUGGAAAUCGAGUCCUUCUGCAUCAUCAGGUCCAUGGAAGCCAACUAAACCUGCUCCAUCCGUGUCUCCUGGACCCUGGAAGCCAAUUCCUUCUCUAUCACCUGGACCCUGGAAACCAGCUUCAUCUGUAUCCCCUGCAUCCUGGAAGUCAUCUUCAGUCUCACCAGGUUCCUGGAAAACUCCACCCACAUCUCCAGAGUCAUGGAAGUCUGGCCCACCUGAGCUUCGAAAGACAACUCCUACCCUGUCACCAGAACAUUGGAAAGCAGUUCCCCCAGUAUCUCCUGAGAUUCGCAAACCGGGCCCACCACUCUCCCCAGAGCUCCGCAGCCCAGCCGGCUCUCCGGAGCUCAGGAAGCCCUCAGGGUCGCCAGACCUUUGGAAGCUUUCUCCUGAUCAUCGGAAAACUUCUCCUGCCUCCCUGGAUUUUUCUGAGUCUCAGAAAAGUUCCCGUGGUGGUUCUCCUGAUCUCUGGAAGUCUUCCUUCAUCAUGGAAUCUCAGAAACCCACUGUCUUCCCUGACACCUGGAAAUCAGGUCCAUCAGAGUCUCCCAAAUUGGCCUCAGAUAUCUGGAAACCUGUUCCCUCCAUUGAUGCUGAGCCUAGAAAAUCCAUGCUGUUUCCUGAGCCCACCAAAACCGCCCCUCCUGCUUCUCCUGAGCCACGGAAACGUGUGCUUUUCCCAGAGGCCCGGAAGCAUCCUCUUUUUUCUGAGUUCCCCAAAUCUGCUGUGUUCUCAGAGUCUCAGAAGAUAGCUGAGCUUGGUGAUGAGCUACAGACAGAUGCCGUACGUGACCCAAAGUGUGAUAUUUUGGUUCAAGAAGAGCUUCUGGUGACACCGAAAAAAAUUUUAGAAGAUGCCUUGUUUCCCUCCUCCAAGAAACUCAAGAAGGACAGCCAGGAGCACUCAGAUGCCGAGCUGAGCAGCAGUGAGUACAUCAGAACAGAUUUGGAUGCCACAGACAUGAAGGGCCAAGAGUCAAGCAGUGACCAAGAGCAGGUAGAUGUAGACUCUGUUGAUUUUGGCAAAGAGAACAAAAUGGACAUGCACAGUCCAGAGCAGUCCCGACAUGUGCUGCAGUUCACUGAAGAAAAAGAAGCAUUUAUCUCUGAAGAGGAGAUUGCAAAAUACAUGAAGCGUGGAAAAGGAAAGUAUUACUGCAAAAUUUGUUGCUGUCGUGCUAUGAAGAAAGGUGCUGUUUUGCAUCAUUUGGUUAAUAAGCAUAAUGUCCACAGCCCUUACAAGUGCACAAUUUGUGGAAAGGCAUUUCUUUUAGAAUCUCUCCUUAAAAAUCAUGUAGCAGCCCAUGGGCAAAGUUUACUUAAAUGUCCACGCUGUAAUUUUGAGUCAAAUUUCCCAAGAGGCUUCAAGAAACAUUUAACUCAUUGUCAAAGCCGGCAUAACGAAGAGGCAAAUAAAAAGCUGAUGGAAGCUUUUGAAUCACCCCUGGAGGAGCAGCAGAUUUGAUUUUCAGACAUACUGAAUACUGCUCUAUGGUAUUGUUUGCUGAGAUAACAGCUUGUUAAGUAGCUUGGUUGGAUCAGUAGAUGGUAAUGUGUAUGGUGUGCCGUAUUUGUCUCAUAGUGCUACAAAACAAGCAUUUGGUUAUUUUUUCAUGGUCUCUGUUAUGUGACUGUCUUGUAAAUCAAUAAAAUUUUAAUGUAUAUUCCAGAUGGAUAAAACUUCUCCUUUUUUUUAAGUAUAUUUAAGUAGAAUUACAAAGGGGUAGGUAUUCCAUUUAAUAAAUGAGCAACUUCUAAACACCUAAAGUGUAUGCGUGUGUGUGUGUGUGUGUGUGUGUGUGUGUGUAGCUGAUUUCAGACAAUAGAAAUUAUUAGGUGGGGCUGGUGGUUUAGCUCAGUGGGUCCACUGCCUGCCUUGCAAGCUCAAGGUCCUGAGUUUGAUCCCUGGUACCAAGAAAAAAGAAGAAUGAUUAGGUGGGCUGGGCAUACAGCCCUCAUUGGUGGAGCACUUGCCUGCCAUGUGUGAAGCCCCUGGGAUUGAUCCUAGCACUGAAAAAAGUGGAGCAUUUAAGAAUUUGGCAUGAAAGUAAACUUUGGAAAAGCUUUGUUGCCUUUCCUUAAACACAUUUUCAGAUCAUCAGUUAUUUUCUGUUUUACCUUAUAAAAUUAGCUUAUAAAUCUUGAUGUUUAUUUGCUUUCGUGUCAUGGAAAGUUGGAGUCUCAGGGUCACCGAUUUUCUGCUAACAGAAAAUUGAGUAAGUCCUGAAAGUCGUUUGCAGGCUCCUGCUGGAGGCUGGGAGGAGCGUUAGUGUGAUGGGGUCCUUGCCAUUUCCAGUGGGGUCUUCCAUUUGGGGUCCUGCCCUUCACUUUUCUGCCAGCUCACACCAGCAGAUGAUCCUUAAUUGCCAAAUGUGUUAAGUUUGUCUCUUCUACUCCUGGGCGUUUUGUGCCUCCUGUUGGGGUUUAAGACCAGGGUAAUGGAUAGGAGCUGAAAGUCUUCCAAUUUCAUAGUAAAAAUUUUUAUAAAUAGACAUUUCUGUUUGACAAGUAUAUCAAUUUUGUUUUUCAUGGUUCUGUUACUGUAAAUACUUUGUACCUAUUCAUGGAUUAUUUUAUUCUAAGAUACUUUGUCAAAUGUGUAUAAACCAAAUUAAAAAGGCUUUAGAUGUCUCAAA